ACAAGAGCCGUUUCCCUAUUUCUAGGGUAUUUUCAGCCGAUUCCCCAGUAUCUACUGUAUCCGGAAAGUGAGAACCAUUGAGGGUAGCCAUGGAGACAUUAUUGGCCUCAGUCUUGUUUCCUUCCUUCUCUUUGCUAUUGAAAUCUUCUCUGAUUUCACUAAGCGCCCCACUUUUGCUGACGCGGGAUUCUGCAGCCUCCUCUGUCUCCUCUCUAUGCAGGGCGCGGGAACACGUUUUGAAACGAGGAGAGCGUGUGUGCACAAAAGGGGGCGAGGUUCCACGGGGAGUCAGUCCCGUCCACGGUCUCCAGGUUUCGGAGCCCGCCCCGGCCAGACUACAAGUCCCAGGAGAUCCCGCGCAGGGACUGCGCGCCCCAGUCAUCCUUCCCUCACUCUCCCGGAGAGUGGAGCUAAAGGUUCCGUUGGCGGCGCACUGCGGAUUGGUUUGUUUUCAACGGCGGUGACAGAGGUUGGAAGCCCGGCCGAUUGCUGGCGGGGGCGUCAGGGGGUGGAUUCCUCCUCCCCGAAGCGCUGGGGGGCGGGGAGGAGGGAAGCGAGGCCAGCGGGCCGGGGACCCAGCAGCCUGGGCAGAGCAGGCUGAGGCGAUGGAGGGCGACGGGGUGCCGUGGGCGAGCGAGGCGGUCUCGGGUCCUGGCCCGGGUGGCGGCGGCGGAAUGAUCCGCGAGCUGUGCCGGGGCUUCGGCCGCUACCGCCGCUACCUGGGCCGGCUGCGGCAGAACCUGCGCGAAACCCAGAAGUUCUUCCGCGACAUCAAGUGCUCCCACAACCACAGUUGUCCCUCCUCCCCCACGGGCGGCGGCGGGGCCGAGCUCGGCCCUGCCGGCGACGUCGCCGAGACCGGGCUGCAGGCGGGCCAGCUGAGCUGCAUUGCCUUUCCUGCUAAGGAAGAGAAGUACCUCCAGCAGAUUGCAGACUGCCUGCCCUGCAUCUUGAUCCUCGGCCAGGACUGUGACGUCAAGUGCCAGCUGUUGAACCUGCUGCUGGGGGUGCGGGUGCUUCCCGCCAGGCUGGGCAGUGAGGAGAACUGUAAGCUGCGGCGCCUCCGCUUCACCUAUGGGACUCAGACUCGAGUGAGCCUGGCACUCCCCGGCCAGUACGAACUAGUGCACACGCUGGUUGCUCAUCAGGGCAACUGGGAGACCAUCCCCGAGGAGGACCUGGAGGUCCAAGAGGAGGGAGAGGACGCCGCCCAUGUUUUAGCUGAACUGGAGGUGACGAUGCACCACGCUCUCUUACAGGAAGUGGACAUUGUGGUAGCACCGUGCCAAGGCCUCCGGCCUGCAGUGGAUGUUCUGGGUGACUUGGUGAACGAUUUCUUGCCUGUGAUAACCUAUGCACUCCACAAGGAUGAACUCUCUGAGAGGGAUGAGCAAGAGCUUCAGGAAAUCCGAAAGUAUUUCUCCUUUCCGGUGUUCUUUUUCAAAGUGCCGAAGCUGGGCUCGGAGAUCAUUUCCUCCUCUCCCGGAAGAAUGGAGAAUGAAAGGUCACCACUCCAUCACCAGCUGAUCGACCUGGGCUAUCUGAGCAGCAGUCACUGUAACUGCGGGGCUCCUGGCCAAGACACUAAAGCUCAGAGCAUGUUGGUGGAACAGAGUGAGAAACUGAGACACUUGAGCACAUUUUCUCACCAGGUGCUACAGACUCGCCUGGUGGACGCGGCCAAGGCCCUGAACCUGGUGCAUUGCCGCUCCCUCGACAUCUUUAUUAACCAGGCCUUUGACAUGCAGCGGGACCUGCAGAUUACUCCCAAACGUCUGGAAUAUACUCGAAAAAAGGAGAACGAGUUGUAUGAAUCAUUGAUGAAUAUUGCCAACCGAAAGCAGGAGGAAAUGAAGGACAUGAUUGUUGAGACGCUGAACACCAUGAAGGAGGAACUUCUGGACGAUGCUGCCAACAUGGAAUUUAAAGAUGUCAUUGUCCCCGAGAACGGAGAGCCAGUGGGCACCAGAGAAAUCAAAUGUUGCAUCCGCCAGAUCCAGGAGCUCAUCAUCUCCCGGCUUAAUCAGGCGGUGGCUAACAAGCUCAUCAGCUCGGUGGAUUACCUGCGUGAGAGCUUUGUGGGAACCCUGGAACGGUGUCUGCAGAGCCUGGAGAAGUCCCAGGAUGUCUCCGUUCACAUCACCAGUAAUUAUCUCAAACAGAUCUUAAAUGCCGCCUAUCAUGUUGAAGUUACAUUUCACUCAGGGUCCUCGGUUACAAGGAUGCUGUGGGAGCAAAUCAAACAGAUCAUCCAGCGCAUCACAUGGGUGAGCCCACCCGCCAUCACACUGGAAUGGAAGAGGAAGGUGGCCCAGGAGGCCAUCGAGAGCCUCAGUGCCUCCAAGCUGGCCAAGAGCAUCUGCAGCCAGUUCCGGACCCGACUCAACAGUUCCCACGAGGCUUUUGCGGCCUCCUUGAGGCAGCUAGAAGCUGGCCACUCAGGCCGGUUGGAGAAAACAGAAGAUCUGUGGCUGAAGGUUCGUAAGGAUCACGCCCCCCGCCUGGCUCGCCUUUCUCUGGAAAGCCGUUCUUUACAGGAUGUCCUGUUACAUCGUAAACCUAAACUGGGUCAGGAACUGGGCCGCGGCCAGUAUGGUGUGGUGUACCUGUGUGACAACUGGGGAGGACACUUCCCUUGUGCCCUCAAGUCGGUCGUCCCUCCAGAUGAGAAGCACUGGAAUGACCUGGCUCUGGAGUUUCACUACAUGAGGUCUCUGCCGAAGCACGAGCGUCUGGUGGACCUCCACGGCUCAGUCAUCGACUACAGCUACGGCGGCGGCUCCAGCAUCGCCGUGCUGCUCAUCAUGGAGAGGCUGCACCGGGACCUGUACACCGGGCUCAAGGCCGGGCUGGCGCUGGAGACGCGUCUGCAGAUAGCACUAGAUGUGGUGGAGGGGAUCCGCUUCCUCCAUGGCCAGGGGCUUGUCCACCGCGAUAUCAAGCUAAAAAAUGUCCUGCUGGACAAACAGAACCGAGCCAAGAUCACGGACUUAGGGUUCUGCAAGCCAGAGGCCAUGAUGUCAGGCAGCAUUGUGGGGACACCGAUCCAUAUGGCCCCUGAACUUUUCACAGGGAAGUACGACAACUCCGUCGAUGUCUACGCUUUUGGCAUCCUCUUCUGGUAUAUCUGCUCGGGCUCUGUCAAGCUCCCGGAAGCAUUUGAGAGGUGCGCCAGCAAAGACCAUCUCUGGAACAAUGUGCGAAGAGGGGCCCGGCCGGAGCGUCUGCCUGUGUUUGACGAGGAGUGUUGGCAGCUGAUGGAGGCCUGCUGGGAUGGCGACCCGUCCCAGAGGCCGCUCCUGGGCAUUGUGCAGCCCAUGCUCCGGGGCAUCAUGGACCGGCUAUGCACGUCCAAUUCUGAGCGGCCACACAGAGGACUGGAUGAUUCUACUUGAAAGCGAAGACCUUUCUCUUUUACUUCCUGUCUCUCUCUGUCCCCUCACCUUUUGGCCGUGGGAAGAAUUGGACAUUUAAUCAGAGAGCUCCCAAGGGAACUGGUGCUCGCUGGGCAGCUUGACACCUUCCCAGGCAGAGACACCUGCCGGGCAGCGAAGAGCUGGCUGGCCGUCGGGCCGCCUUCAGCAGCCUGCUGACACCCCAUGCUUCCCCGUCAGCAAAAGAUCGUCUAGGACACGUGACCACUGAAGAAGGCAGCGCCAGCCCCGGAACUGACCGGGAGGCAGAUGUUACCACUGUCUGCUCACUGGGCGUGGCUGAGAUGAGUGGGGCACUGCGGUGGCGAUAGUAUUAAAAACUAGAAUUUCUGUCAUUUCGGCUCUAGCUAGGAACAUUUGGGUUCUAGCCAGUCGUCAGGACCCCUGGGGAAUUUGAACUUAGUUCUGAGAUUGUAAGAACAUCGGGGCAGAAAAACAACUUCCCACUACCUGCAGCUAGAGAUUCUCAAGCCGCAGGCGCCAGAGGCAGAGCUGUCCUGCUGGUGCCAGUGUGUUGACAUGUAUUGGACCGACUAUCCCUGACUUCUGGGGGGGCUUUUCAUGCAUUAUAUCCCCAAGAGGCCGUAAAAGGAAAAAAAGAAAGUGUGUGUACGUAUAUGUGUAUAUAUACACAUGCGAUUGGAUUUUGAGUUACUGGUAAUCCCAGGACACAAUCUCUUUUGCUUCCUUUCAGUCUUGAUUUUUUUUUUCUUUUGAUCUCAACACGGGGAAGGUCCAGUUAACAUGGUAUGUGGGGAUUAGUGUCUGUGUAACAUAGCUGGUGAGACAUGAGAAGGGGCAGUGACCUGGAGGCUGUGAGCCUCCAUGUGAACUUACUAGAAGAAUCCCACGUUGUUCCUAAAAUUUAAAAGAAUCAAAAACUCUUGUUUUUGUGUUUGGC